GAGACGAAGACUAAUGGAGUAUAGGCCUACAUGUAUAGCAAGUUCCUUAGAUAGAUAUGGCACCGUCUCGUUAAGCGAAGCAAAAUAUAAUAAUAAAUAUAAAAGCACCAGAAAAAUUAUUUUGUCAAGGAACGUUUCACAGCUUCCCUGAUUUAUUUACAACCACAGAUUCGUUUCAAUUUCGAAAUUAUUUAUUGACAUGUUUUCCGAGUAUAAUGGAGACGGAUACUGCUUGCGGACAAUGCAAGUUUUGAAUGCGUGGAUGGGUUUUUGUACUGUAUGUAGUAGCAAGUCAGUCAUAAUUGAAGCAUUGUUUUGGUGUUUAUGAAAUAUUUUGCGAGUGUCAACUUGUGUAAUAAUGCGUGACAGUUCGUCAAACAAAUAAUUAUAAAUCUGGUUUGGCUUUCACGUCAUUGACAUUGUGGAUGUUUAUACUGCAGUUAUCGUUGGAUUCUUUUCAUUAAUUGGAUUACUCUGUAGAAGGAACGUGAAUUCGUAAUUGGAUAUUUACGCCAGUUUUAAUUGUGUCGGUACAGUUGGCUGUGAAGCCGAAUAUAGGAAGCGAUGACUGGCCGAAAGUCUGGCGAGCCUCCCGUUGCUUGGACACUGCUCGUGAUGCGGGUGAUAUACUUUUCUCAUAUGAUGCUAUCAUGUUCACUUUUAGUUCACGGAGACCCAUAUAUAUCUACUAUUAGCAGAGGUUUCACAAGCACGGAAACAGGUGAACCUUUCUUUGAUUGCUACAGGAGUGCCCCUGAUUUGCAAGCCACAGUGUUUCUAGGGCGAUAUGUACAUACGUACAAUGAUAUGAAUAAUGCAGCUAAUGAUAAUCCAUCACCAAUUUCUUUCUACACGGCUGGUAAUCCAUCCAUUGAUGUCUAUGGAGUAAACCUUGGUACAAGUGAACACAGGUCAUACGGUGUCUUCUACUGCGCUUCAUCACUGAAUGGAGAGUACUCAGCAGUACCAACUAUCUUCUUGAGAUCUGAUGCUAAGUUUGUGCCCACUUCUGGAAGGUUCUCAAAGACUGUAAACAAGGGAGAUGUGAAUGUUACUGUUAAUUUUACAGAGGUUAAUCCGAGUAACAUUACCAAGAACUGGCGGUUCAAUGGGACAACCAAUCCCGAUGAUACUAUUUCUAAGAAUUCAGUCUUUGAAAGUUUAACUGUGUAUACAAUAGUUGGAGAGGUAGAUACCUCUGAUGAGGGUUUGUAUGAGCUUCAUUUGAUGGGUGAGAGAGGGCUUGCUAUAGCUGGAUUGUUUCGAUUGAUUGUCAGAGCAUGUCCGGCUGGUCGUUACGAUGAAUCUAGUGGAUGUACACUGCUAUGUCCAUCAUGUUAUAAUGGAGGAAUAUGUCAUGAUCAGACAGGAGAAUGCAUCUGUCCUCCAGGCUUCCAGGGAGAUAACUGUGAAAUGGCUUGUGGUGGGAAUCGUUUUGGUCGUAACUGUGAGUACCGAUGGGACUAUGACCUUUCAGAUGAUAAGACAGCUUGUAGUGGACUCCAGGUCUGUGUACCAGAUCCCUAUGGGUGCUCUUGUACACCAGGAUAUAAAGGAUUGGACUGUACUACAGAAUGUGACAUCGGUGAGUUUGGAGCUAGCUGCAGCGAGACAUGCCAUUGUGUAUCUGGUGAAUGCGAUCGGUUUACUGGUGUCUGUACAGGAAGCUCUUCUGAUUGCCAACAAGGAUGGACGGGGACCAAUUGUCAAGAAUGUAUGAUUGGUAGAUAUGGGCCAAAUUGUGAACCUCUCACUGUUGAAUUUACGAAAACCAACAAGGGACAAUACUCCAAUUUCUUCUGUUGCCCAGAAGGUCGGAAUUACCUCUCCACAGCAACUCCUUUGGUCUAUCUCUACCGGAAAUAUGGCAGUGGGAAUUAUACAGGAGAAGACAUAAGUUCAACAGGAGACGUCCCAAGUGGAAAGUUUGCAUUUCUUGUUCCUGAUGUGAAAGUUGGAGAAUUAUUUUACUGCUCCCUCUCUGAUGUAAACACCUUCAGGAGUGAGACGGUCACUGCUGAUGGAGAAUUUACCCAGCCUGAGCUCCCAAGUCCCCCUGUCGUAAGUAGCACAACCAAUGAAUCCAUCACUCUGAUGUGGGAUGCUUGGGAUGCAUCUACGGAUGUAGGAGAUCCUCCUCUUCAAAGAUACCGUAUCUAUUACAGGCUCAACGACCCAGAAGAACAGGAACAACAAGUCCCACGGUCUGAUCCUCUUGCACCAUCCGAGACAGUGACUGGUCUAAGUCCGGAUACAGACUAUGUGUUCGCUGUAGCAGCGGUUAGACCAGGUGUAGGGGGUGGGGGACCUCGUUUGGAGGUCCUAGGCACAACACAGUGCUCACCUCCUGUUGAGGGACCAACAUCUAUUAACGUCACUAAUGGAACAUCACCUGGAGAGUACUUGGUUUCUUGGGAGAAUCCACCUUCCAAUGUUUCAUCCUGUCGGAGUGGUCUCGGAGGAAUCAGGAUCUACUUCACUCGAUCCGAUAUCCCGUCUGGUUUGUCAAAGAGGGCAGCAAACAAUCCCAUUGAUAUUCCAUUUAACUCUUCGGUGUCUGACUACACGUUGACCCUUGAACCUUACUCACAGUACGUCAUUCAGGUGGUAGUCUAUAAUAAAGACUCUGAGACACCAAGAGGAGAGGGAUUUUCAGUGGUCACAAUGGAACAGCUUGCCCCAGCACCCAUCGUAAACAUUGAAUCGACCGCUGAAUCUGUAACCAUCCGCUGGGAUGCUGCAAGUCCGGCCCACCUCAAUGGUAACAUACAGGGAUACCAGCUCAGAUACACACAAACCAAACCAGAACCUCUCCCACCAGUCACAGUUCCCAUACAAACCAAUCAGCUGACAGAUAAUGAGUAUGUCAUUACUGAGGGAGUAACGAAAGACACUCGAUAUGACAUUCAGGUUCAGGUUUUGAAUGGAGCUGGAUAUGGUGAAUGGUCAUCUGUCUUAACCUCUCCUAUUCCAGUUACGAGCCCUGAGACCAAUGUUGCCCUAAUUGCUGGCGUGGUGAUAGGUGUAAUUGUUGUUAUUCUUCUCAUCAUACUUCUAAUCAUGCUUUUAAGAGCAAGCAAAAGAAAGAGAGGAGAAAAGAUUGGUGUGAUCAGUUCUAGUGAGCUUGUUGAUAAUGUUCUCUAUGAGGCAGGUCCCUCACCCCCUAAUGAGCAUGGCAAUGCUACUGCCCGUACCCCAGACAAGCCAAUAGUCCGUGACCCAGCCGAGACAGAGUAUGCCUAUAUCAGCCAUGAGCGCAACUCUCUCCUAAAUGACGACCUUGACAAUCUCGACUUGACUAUCAAGAAAGAUACAACCUACGAUGUUGCCAUGGAGAAACCGUUGCCAUCGAACGGCAAGAGUCAGACGCUUCCAUUACUCACGGGAGACCUUACUUUAGAGGCUCUGAAUGCUCUUUAUGCUAAACCUGAUAAACGUUCUGAUGUGGUGUCUGUUCCUGCCUUGUCCCCUACUGUAAAGGAAGCCGGGACGGAUACACCGGAUGGAGAGCUCUAUGAGAACGUUAACCUUCCUGGAUCUAUCCCAGUGGCUAACCUGGUUGAACAUGUUGAGAAGAAGAAAGAACAAGAAGAAGAUGGAUUCUCGCAUGAAUUUAGCUUAUUGUCUUCAGAUGAAGGUAUUCCUAGGAUCAUUGCUUUGAAACCAGAAAACAAAACCAAGAAUCGGUUCAAGAACAUCGUGGCAUUUGAUCAUUCUAGAGUCGUCCUGGAAAAGCUGAAAGAUGAUCCUCACUCAGAUUACUACAAUGCUAAUUUCAUCAAGGAUGAUAAGGGGAAGAAAGCAUUCAUUGCUUCUCAAGCCCCCAAUAUGGCGAGCAUCAAUGAUUUCUGGCGACUCAUUUGGCAGGAGAAUGUUUGUUCUGUUGUCAUGGUAACAAACACUAUAGAGGGAGGCAAGGAUCGGUGCACAGUAUACUGGCCGAAGGCAAUGGGAGACAGCAAGACGUUUGGUGACAUCGAGGUGAAAUUAAGAACGGUAGAAGAGUUCUCUGAUCAUGUACACAGAGUCAUGGAUGUCAAACAGGUGAGUGGUGGUGAAACCCGGUCCGUCCAUCAGUUCCACUACCAGUCCUGGCCAGAUAUGGGUGUUCCGCAGUAUCCUACCACACUCAUCAGUUUCACUCAAGCUGUCAAACAUGUCCAUGAGAAAAUCACUGCCAACACCAAGGGAUCUACUCCAAUGCUCGUCCACUGCAGUGCUGGUGUUGGAAGGACGGGAACUUUCAUCUCACUCUACUGCAUGCUGGGAAAGAUCAAAGAAAAUAGCCAUAUCAACAUCUUUGCUUUCAUUCAGAAUAUGAGAAAGGACAGACCAUAUAUGGUUCAAACUGCUGACCAGUACAUUCUAAUCCAUACUGCCCUCGUUGAGGCCUACAUGAGUGGCAAUACAGAUAUCCCUGUGGCCCAUUUUGAAGCAAAGCUUUCCUCACUGAAGGAAAGGAAUCCAGUCACUCAGAAACUCAACAUUGAGCAAGAAUUCGAGAUCUUGGACCAACUCACCCCUCCUGCCGGACCACAAGCUUUCAAAGCUGCUGCUCUACCUGCUAACAUCGACAAGAACCGCUUCCCAAACAUUCUUCCAAUGGAGAAAAACAGACCGUGUUUGGUGACAAAGGGAGAAGGAGGAAGCACAGAUUACAUCAAUGCCUCUUUCCUUAAUACGUUCAUGAAGAAGGACGUGUUCAUAGCAACUCAGAUGCCUCUCCCUCAUACUACCGGUGAUAUGUGGAGAAUGGUCUAUGAUUGGAGAUGUCCCGCCAUCGUUAUGCUCAAUGAACUGGACCUCGAAGACAAGUCGUGUGCUCAAUACUGGCCAAAUCAAGACUCGGUUGAGUUUGGUCCUCUCAAGGUCACCAUAGUUUCAGCUGAAACCAUCCGAAGUGAUUACAUCAUGAGAAAGUUUGAGAUCGAAGGACCACGCAAAGGGGUCCUUACGGUAAAGCAGUUUCAUUUGUUUGGUUGGGAUCAUAACCAAUCAAGACCGACGUCAUUAACACCUAUCCUUAAUCUGGUUGAUGCUGUAAGCGAGUGUGUUAGGACAUCACAGGCAUCAGGUCCAAUUGUCUUACACUGCAUCAAUGGUAUUGGUAGGAGUGGUGUGUUUGCUGCUAUCUACUCAGCAGCUGAGAAGAUGAUAACGGAUAGCUCUGUCGAUAUCUUCCAAGCGGUCAAGAGAUUACGGGCAAAUCGACCAAGUAUGAUCGAAACAGCGGAACAGUACAGGAUCUGUUAUGAUGGCAUUGCGGAGUAUAUGAAGAAGUUUGAUGAGUAUGCAAACCUAGAUAUGUGAAGAGACUCGUUCUCCUUGAAGAAGGUUGCCUCCAUGAUGCUAAAUCUCAACCAUGAAAUAUAGUUACCAUAUGACUUUACUUCAAUAGUGUAAAGUGAAAAAAGUGCCUAAAAAUGCAACCACAGGUGGUGUCAGGGUAUUUUUGAUUAUUUAUAUUUUAAUUUUUUUUUUUUGGGGGGGGGGUUGUUAAGAGGAAUAAAGACUGAAAGGUGAACUUUACCUUUAAUGUAAAAGAGUAUUAUGGUAUUCUAUUGUCGUUGUCUUACCUAAGAGGCAAAAAUCAAAUUAAAAAGGAAGUAGAUUUGAACAACGGAGUUGAAUUUCUAAAUUCUUGAGCGGUUAAGGGGCUCAUUUAAUUUCUCAAAAAAUGUGCGAUUAUGAUAUCCAAAAAUGAAUUCUAUGACCUUUUAAAAAAGCUUGAUUAAAAACAUCGUUAUGUCAACAAAAACUUUGGGCAGCUGAAAUCGUCUUGGGACAGUACCUGAACUACUGAUGACAUACUUCAAGAACCAAUCCACUCUCUUCUUUCUUUUUCUCUCUCUCUCUUGUUCUCUUUCUUUCUUGCUCUUUUCUCUCUCCCCCUUUUAAAUGACUGUUUUGUUUUGUUUUCAUUCCCCCUUUUCUUCCUUUACCUCUUUUCUUUUUUCUCUUAACCCACAUUACUUGAAACUUACGGGAAGGAGGAAAGUCCUGAGGGUCUGUAUCACAUGUAACAUUGGUUAUUUUCAGUGUGUAUAAUGGCCCGUAUUCUGAAGUCAGGUUUACUAAAAUUAUGGGGAGCCAAACAUUCUGUUUAUAUUGUGUAUUUCUUGUGUUUACCAUUUUGUUUCCUUUUGCUUCAGUUAUCAUUCCCAGACAAUUAUGAAGUUAAACCACAACUUUAAACCAGGACAUAUCUGUAUAUACCAAUCUUUCUUUUCCACAUUAAUAUAGAUGAGGAGUUAAUUUCCUUUUCAAAGUCAACUGUGAAUUGACACAAUUUUCUAUGCAAAAAAAAUUAUACAAAGAGAAAACGGGUAGAAAACUGUUAUAGUAUGCAAGUAUCACCAGUAAGCAUUCCAUUCUAAUGUCUACUCACUACUUAAUCCAUCAGAUAUCCUAGAAAAUUACAUAGGGGUUUCUUUUGGAUAUUUUUACCCCUCCCACAGCUCAUUAUUCCUUUCUGUGGACUUGACCAUUCACUUUAUAUUUUGAGACUUCUUUAUUUUUGAAAGUAUCGUGUUUUGCUCUAUUUUUUGUUGCUAGUUUUCAAUGGAUUCUGUUUCCUUCAUUACUCAGGUUGUCUUUAGAUGAUUUCUUUAAGGUUUCUGUGAAUAAUAUGAUUUUCAGCCAUUAUUUAAAGGGGAAUCCAACCCAAAUAAAAACUUGUUUUUAUAAGAAAAAUAAAAAUCAGACAAGUUGAUAGGUGAAAGUUUGAACAAUAUUGGACAAACAACAAGAAAGUUAUACAUUUUUAAAAGUUGUAAAUAUUGGUAAUCACUAUACCCAUGGAGACUUCAAAUUGGCCGCAUAUGGGAUGUCAUAGUGAUGUAAGGCAAGGACUACUCUUCCAUGUACUCCAAUACAUAUUAUGGCUAAAAUGUCAUUUUUCCCAAAAGUUUAAUUUCAAAUUACAUUUUUCUUUCAUGAGGACAUAAAACAAUAUACUACCUGGGUUAUAUUUAGAUUACUGCCCCAGGGGAAUGGGUACUAAGGAGAAAACCACAAAUCCCUGAUGAUAAAGUACAUGGCCUAUGGGAAAGUUGUCCUUGCCUCUUGUCAUAAUUUACUUACCCAGUUGCCAAUUUGAAAUUACAUACUAUUAAUGAUCUCAAGUUUAAAGCAGCUAUAACUUUCUUAUUACUUGUCUGAUUUCUUUCAAACUUUCACCAUUCUGUUAAAUUGAUUUUUCUCCUUCCCAACACAACAUUUUAUGGCCAAGGCUGGAUUCCCCUUUAAAGACUACUUAUAUGUCAUACAUUGCAAGUUUAAGCAUAGUUAUGUUUAUGUUAUGUUUAUUUAUUCAUUUCUUCAUUUAUCAUUAUGUUCUUUCUCAAAUUAUUACUAUUUUAUAUUAGGUAUAUUUCUACAGUAACCUCCCACUAUUUCUUAUUAGAGACAUAACACUUAUCCUAAAUCAUUUUAAUUCAUUUCAUUUGUGUGAUCCGUGACUGCAUAUGUGAGAAUUCAAUAUCAGAUAAGAUUAGAAAACAAUAUAUUGAUGAGGAUAAAUAUUUCAGGCAAAUACUACAUGUAGAUAGUCGAUACCUUUCUUCAACUUAUCAACAUUUACCAUUUUUUGCACAUUAAGCCAAUGUUUACUAUUCUACAGAUAUUUAAAUUGGUAUUUGAAAAAUAAUGGUAGUACUCACAAUUAAAUCUAUUUUACAUUCAAUCUCAUUUCUAGAUGUCAUUCUUAUUACUUUGUAUGAUAAUGAUAUAUCAUCUAUUUGAUUUCAAUGAUUUUAUAUGAUUAAUCGAGUUUUAGACUUUCUGCAUUGCGCAUUAAUGAUGAUUUUACAACAUAAAUCUCUUGUGUAAAUAUAUCAUGUUGUGCACAUUGAUUUUGAUCAAUCUCUUUUAUUUAAUGUCUUGUCUUUAGUCAUUUCCUGCAGGACCAUCUCUCCUUUCAUUUUUUAGUUCGUAUUUAUUUUAUAUUUUCAUUAUCAAUAUUUGAUAUUUGAAUGCAGUUGGGACAGUGAUGCAGUAAAUCAUGUAUUAUAUUUUAUUAGAGAAGGAUAUAGUACUAAAUAUUUUAUACAAAGUAAUUAGUAUUUGAUGCAUUAUAUCAGUACUCUAAAUUGAUUAGUAAUAAUUAUUUUUACCAGAGGCAUGUUCAAAUGAAUGUGUAUUUUUUAAGAGAUUGAUUUUUAUGAAAAAAUCACUUUUAAGCUGUUUAAAAAUUAUAAUUUCAUUGACGAAGCAAUAUAUAUUUGUAUAACUUGAAAUUGUUUCUCAAUCACCAAUGUCUUUUUGUAGUGUGACAAAACUAUAAGUAUAAGAUACGUAAUUAUAUGCAUCCAAAAUUUGUCUGUUGAGUGAUAAAACUUCGAGCUUUACCAAGGCAGACCAAUGUCUUUUCAGAAAUGUAAACCGUUCUAUGAAAUAUGCAAUUCUUUACAAAUAUUCUAUCAAUUGAGAUGUGUAAUAGCCGUACAAAAACUGUCUAGAAUGUAAAAUUGAUACUUGAAAUAUAUGUCAUAUUAUUUUUGAAAUAGUUUUUUAAUUAUUAGAAUAAAUGAUUAUGAAAUUAA